AGCAAAAUAGUGGAAAGCGAGAAAAAUGUGAACAACCAAGAAUUUAACUUUGAAAAAGCGCGGCUGGAAGUGCACAAGUUUGGAAUCACUGGCUACAAGAAGCAGGAACAACGCGUGUGGGAACAGGAGCGUGCUAUCAUGCUGGGAGCCAAGCCACCCAAAAAGGAACAUGUGAACUACAAGAUUUACCAAGAGAAAAUGAAAGAGAAAAAACCAGCGAAGGACGAGGAUAAGGGAAAGGAACAUAAAGGUGAUUCCCUGAAGAAGAAGAAGAAAGAACAGAAGGAGAGGAAGGCCAAAAGGAAGAAAGCGGUGCCUAGCAUUUGGCACGCCGGACAAGUUGGAAAAUUCAGAGAUGGGACCUUGAUUCUGCAAAGCUGUGACAUAAAGAAAAUUAAAUCCUCUAAAGUUGUCAAAUGA